AUGGAGCAGAAUUUGACAGACCUGCUGGGCAGCGGUGGCUCUGAGGACACAUUGAUGGGUUACACCUCACCAAUACCUAACUCCUCUGCAGCCUAUGAAUAUGCCUUCUACUACUCAGAACUAUACAUCAUCUGUCAUCCUGAAGGUAUUCCAGCAUUUGCAUCUACCUUAUUUCCAGUGCUGUACUCCGUACUGUUUGUGGCAGGCCUCAUGGGAAAUGCUUUGGUUGUUUGGAUUCUGACAGUCUCCAUGAAAAUCAAGACCAUGAGUGACGUGUAUCUGCUGAAUCUGACUGUCUCUGACCUCCUCUUGGUGUUCUCCCUGCCCUUCUUGGUUCAGUACUCCAUUGUGAGCCAGUGGACUUUUGGAAACGCACUGUGUAAAAUCAUCAGCUCAGUUUACUUCAUUGGUUUCUACAGCAAUGUCUUCUUCAUAACCAUCAUGAGCAUUGACAGGUACUUGGCCAUAGUCCACUCCCUCCAUGUCCAAGGGAUUCGGACAACUGCCAUUGGGUUUAUCACCAGUCUGGUCGUUUGGGCAGUUGCCAUUUUAGCAUCAAUGCCAGACUUACUUUUUUUCCAGGAAGUGAAUGACAAUAACCAGAUUAAGUGCCUUCCUCACUAUCCUGAUGAUAACAAUGGCUGGAAGACUUUCAGUAAUUUUGAAGUCAACAUCCUAGGGUGGCUAAUCCCUGUUGUUGUCCUCGUUUUCUGCUAUCAUAGCAUCUUGAAAAACCUGCAGAGGUGCCAUACCAAGAACAAGUACAAAGCAAUAAAAGUGGUUUUUAUUGUUGUCAUUGUGUUCUUUCUCUCCUGGACCCCUGUCAACAUUGUGCUGUUUUUGGACUCUCUGAGGAACAUGUCCAUCAUCAAUGACUGCCACACAAGCCAAAGGCUAGACCUAGCCGUGGAGCUGACUGAGGCACUCUCCUUUGUCCACUGCUGCCUCAACCCAGUCAUCUAUGCUUUUGUGGGUGAAAAGUUCAAGAAGCAUCUAUGUGACACUUUCAAAAAAUUUCCAUGUUUGCUGUGGAACUGCAAAGGCUACGGGGCUUUCAGUGGGCGCAGCCUGGACAAGCACUCCUCUCUGCACACAAAGUCCUCACAGCUGUCUUCUGUUGGCACUGUCUUGUAG